CCUCAUUAGCUUUUCUAUUCAUUUCUGCAAUAUAAUUUUAAUAAGAACAUGGGGAUUUGGGAAUAUACUCUUUAUUUCACCACCACAUGCUGCCUAUGGAGUGUGUCACUUCAGGGGGAGCACCAGAGGAGACUCUAUAGAGACCUGAUGAAAGAUUAUAACCCGCUGGAGAGACCUGUGUUCAAUGACACCCACUCACUCACGGUGUAUUUCAGCAUGAGUCUCAUGCAGAUUAUGGAUGUGGAUGAGAAGAAUCAAGUUCUUACGACCAACAUUUGGCUACAGCUGUACUGGUAUGACUACUAUCUUCAAUGGAACGCCUCGGAAUAUCCUGGAGUAACCAAUGUAAGGUUUCCUGACAGUCAGAUCUGGAAGCCUGACAUCUUACUUUAUAACAGUGCUGAUGAAAGGUUUGAUGCCACAUUUCAUACUAAUGUGCUGGUGAACUCUUCUGGUGCCUGCCAAUACUUACCGCCAGGGAUCUUCAAAAGCACCUGCUACAUCGACGUUCGCUGGUUCCCCUUUGAUCUUCAGAGGUGUGAUCUGAAAUUUGGCUCCUGGACGUAUGGAGGAUGGUCUCUGGACCUGCAGAUGAUUGAUGCCGACAUCACAGGAUACAUCGCUAAUGGAGAGUGGGACCUCGUGGAGGUUCCAGGUCGAAGGAAUGAGAGAUUCUACGACUGCUGCAAGGAGCCAUACCCAGAUGUGACUUUCACGGUGGUGAUGCGGAGACGAACACUGUACUACGGUCUUAAUCUACUUAUUCCCUGUGUUCUCAUCUCUACUCUGGCCCUGCUGGUCUUCCUGCUGCCUGCUGACUCAGGAGAGAAGAUCUCACUUGGGAUCACCGUCCUGCUCUCGCUGACAGUUUUCAUGCUUCUGGUAGCAGAGAUAAUGCCGGCAACAUCUGACUCUGUGCCUUUAAUAGCUCAGUAUUUUGCCACCACCAUGGUUAUUGUUGGACUAUCUGUAAUAGCCACAGUCUGGGUUUUACAAUACCACUACCAUGAUCCUGAAGGAGGAAAAAUGCCAAAAUGGACACGUGUGGUGCUGUUGAACUGGUGUGCGUGGUUCCUGCGUAUGAAGAGGCCUGGCGAGGACAAAGUUCGCCCAGCUUGUCACAACAAGCAGCCGCGCAGCAGCCUCUCCAGUGUGGAUCUGAACAUCAGCCCUGGAGUCGCACAAUCCACCAAUGGAAACCUGCUGUACAUAGGCUUCCGCGGGAUGGACACUAUUCACUAUGCUACAUCACCCGAUUCUGGGGUGAUCUGCAGCCGGCUGGUUGCAACAGGAGAGGAGGAUGUGCUGCUCCCUGGAGCCCAGGCAUCUUCAGUUAGUAGUAGCGGCCCUGGAGAAACCGAACUGUCCAAAAUCUUGGAUGAGGUGCGGUACAUUUCCAAACGCUUUCGAGACCAAGACGAGGAAGACACUGUGUGUAAUGAAUGGAAGUUUGCAGCGUCUGUGAUUGACCGUCUCUGUCUUAUGGCUUUUUCUCUGUUCACCAUCCUCUGCACCAUUGGUAUCUUAAUGUCUGCUCCUAACUUUGUUGAGGCCAUAUCAAAAGAUUUCUUCACCUGAAGCCUUCACGUACCCUCAUAUUGUAGCUAUCUUUACUUCUCAGAGUCUCCUGAAGGCACAGUAUGUAUGAUUUUUGCAUUGAAAUAUCCAAAAACCAUUGGAACAAUGUUAUUUUAUUGACUUGUAUGCUUGCAUUAUACCAAAAAAAGAAGGAAGGAUGUAUAAAGACCACAGCCAGAUCACCUGUAGCCCAGAACUGGUUGUCCAAUGAAGGUAAGCAGAGCCACAGUCAUAUUACCCUGCAGCUAAGAAGGACUGAACCUGGUCAGUACUUGGGAGGAAGACCACCAGGGAGAAACCUGCUAGAUUGAUUACUAGUGAGGCCAACAGGGUGCUCUAAUGUCACAGUAUAAUCACAGGGACAAUAUAAAGCCUCAAUCCCACUGAGUGGUUUGGUUCAGUACAGUCAAAGUCCCUUUGAGGCAAGUCUUUUCACUCGGCGGCCAUAUUUGAAACGCCUAUCAGGCAGAAUGUUCGGAUGUUCUGUUUGAAUGGGGAAACAUCAAAUUCUCCAAAAUUGCUUGCCAAGCUUAGGAUUAAAUUUCAUGUUAGGAAUCACCAAUAAAGUUAAACAACAACUGUCUCUUUAGUUAAUUUCUAAACGUUCAAAUCACACAAAAUCUGCACAAAUACACGUCUGGUCUGAGCUCCUCCCUCAGAUAAUCCUCAGUCUAUGGUGAUCGCCGAUUGGCUCCUGUACUAGAAGGCGGGGCCUUAUUUGCCAUAUUGACCGUUACACUUUUUCCCAUUCAAAACUAUGCAAGUGACAUCUCUUGGGUGGCAGGUACAGGUUACUCUGGUCAGCCUUGAAUUUCCACUGCUAAUAGUACCCUGACCUGGUAGGUGUGGUGUAUACCAGAAAGAAGCAAUCUGCGCCAUUCUAGCUCGAAGAAGAAAGCCAUUCAGGCCUUUUUACAUAUUAUAAAAUGUAGACCAAGAGGAAGCGGUGUCAUUGCGCUUUCCACAUGUUUUAGCUGCAAUAUGUGAACGGUCCCAUAAACAACAAUGAAGGACAUACAGAAGAUCCAGUUCUUGCUUCUUGGCAUGUUGCUGUUUGUCACACGAAGAAAACAAGCUUUGUUUGAGCUCGAGUCAACCAUGGUUCAUUGCUGCAAAUCGUCAUAAUAAUAAUAAUAAUAAAGAUAAUUCAUUACCUUUAUUUAGUGCUUUUGUGGACACUCAAAGCAGUUUACUCCUCAUCCACCACCAGUGUGCAGCAUCCACCUGAAUGAUUUGCAUUUAUUCUUUUUUAUUUGAUUUGUUCAUUUUUAGGGCGACGCAGUGGUACAGUAGGUAGUGCUGUCGCCUCACAGCAAGAAGGUCACUGGUUCGAGCCUCGGCUGGGUCAGUUGGUGUUUGCAUGCUCUCCCUGCGUUCACCUGGGUUUCCUCCGGGUGCUCCGGUUUCCCCCACAGUCCAAAGACAUGCAGUAGAAUUGUGGUGAAUUGGGUAGGCUAAAUUGUCCAUAGUGUAUGAGUGUGAAUGAGUGUGUCUGGAUGUUUCCCAGAGAUGGGUUGCGGCUGGAAGGACAUCCGCUGCGUAAAACGUGCUGGAUAA